CCGCCACCCCCACCCUCCGCCCACACCCCCUCCCACUCUUAGGCUGACCUGGGAAGCCCACGGAAACCGCAAAGGAGCCCCGCCUGGCCCAGCCCGGAGUCAAAAGAAGGAGGAGGAAGGGGGGAAAGACAGUAUCUCCCACCCCGGCGCAGGGGGCGGGAAGCGAAGAGCUGCGAGCGCGGGGCAGCUUGUUGGACUUUGUACAGCUGCUGGUAGAGCCGAGCUCCGAGGAUGCUGCUCCCGAGAAGCCGGCGCGCGGGGCUGCGGCUGCAGCUUUGGGCCACCCUCCUCGCUUUGCUGAGUUUGCUGUCCCGAGAAGGAGCAGCAGGUGAGACGAUGCCGACGCCACCUACGCCACUGACAACUCUAAAAGAUGACUCUCUUCUUUCCCCCACUCCAUGGAAGGGAAAAACAACUAUAGAAACCGCUAGGAAUACCAACCCUAGUCCAAGCCCUGGCCCCAGCGCCGGCCCCACUGACCAACAGAGCAGCUCAGCUCCAGGGAGUACACUGUUCACCACACCUAGCCCAGAAACCUUAGAGCCUACAACUCUGAGCCCCAUAUCUACCUCUGAAGUCCACCUAAGCCCUGGAACUGUGAACUCCUCUGCCCCAAGUGAGAGUCUCCCAGUCACCAUGGUGCCCACCAACUUGACAACAACCAUUUUCUCUUCGGCGGAGGAGGUGGUAACGACCAGGGUGCCUGAGACCACAUCAAGUCCACUCUCCAAUGGUACUGACCUCACAACCAGGACUACAGAACCAUCACUGACUACUGUGGCCCUAGCCAUAAUUGAGAAACACAUCAAAUGCUUAAAAAUCAAACAAGUACAAGCAUCGAAGGGCAUCUGCUUGAAGUUGAAUGAGACCUACAGUUGUGAGGAUUUUAAAAAGGCGCAGGGAGAUAACCUAACCGAGGUGGUGUGUGAGCCCAAGGUGUCUGAGUCAAAGGCUGGGCCCCAGGACUGCUCCCUGAUCCUGGCUCAAUCUGAAGUAAAUCCAAGCUGCCUGAUCUUGGUUCUGGAUUCAAAAGACAUUUCUCACAUGCUUCAAGUCAUGAACAACCACAAGUCUAACCUGGAAAAGUUGGGGAUCCAGAAGUUCCAGGAGGAGGACAUUCGAAGUCACCAAAUCUAUUCCCGAAAAACAUUGAUUGCCCUGCUCACCUCAGGGCUCCUGCUGGCAGCUCUGGGCACCGCUGGCUACUUCCUUGUGAACCGUCGGAGCUGGAGCCCCGCAGGAGAGAGGCUGGGAGAAGACCCCUAUUACCCGGAGAAUGGUGGGAGCCAGGGCUAUGGUGUAGGCCCUGGGGCCAGCCCUGAUCCACAGGAAAAGGCCAGUCAGAACCGAGGGGCCCAAGAGAAUGGGACCAGCCAGGCCACCUCCAGCAACGGCCACUCGUCAAGACAGCACGUGGUGGCUGACACUGAACUGUGACGGGAUCUGGAAGGGCUUGGAGCUGGUGGGGCCGGGGGAGAGGCCUUCCCCGACAGAGAGCUCUGUGGCUCCUCCCCACUUUACCUCCCUUCUGUCCAUGUAGCACCCUACUUCCCAAAUUGUUCUCUCCCUUUAUCAUUGUCCCUCACUCUUACUGUACAUACCUUUCUAAUGACAUGAAGUUGGGCUGGAGGGUGGGGAGGAAUUUCUCUUUUUACCAGAUGCCCAGGUCAGUGGUGCCUCUUUACUACUCUGAACAGAGUACCUACUGGGGACCCUAAAUCUUACCUUGGUCUCUCUGUGGCCAGGGUGUGACAAGGAAGAGCUAAGACUCCAGAGCCCAUAUAGAGGAUGCUAUAAAGGGGUUUCAGGCUCUGGGGCAUGAGCCAGGCUCCCAGUGACACUCUCAACUAGACCAGAGAGUUAGUAUCUCUACCAGAUUGGUCUCUCUUCUCACCUCUACCUCUCCCUCGCCCCCGCUGGGGCCCCCAGUCUUCUACUGCUAAUUCCCAGAAAGAGAGGAAGAGUUGGGGUUGCCAAUGCUGUGCAGGAUGCCCGUUGGUUGGAGCUUUUCCUUCCACUUUCUUCCUUCCUUAUAAGGAAGCCACAUUAACUACUUUCUGUCCUUCUUGCCUAUAUAUCAAGACUAAACAACUUGUUUUCCCCAAAUGCUUCUCUCUCUCCUCCUAUAAAACAGAACUGCCUGCCCUCUUAAGCCCAACAUAGCUCAGCCAGUUCCCUUGUAAACAAAUAUGCCCAUGGGCAGCUCUCUGCGAGAUGAGGACUAGAGCGAAGCAGACGCUUAAUUUUUUUUUCUUUUUUUUUUUUUUUUUGGUUUGUGCUCAUACAUUUGUAGGUUUAUGUACUGGUAUGUGGGAACAUAUCAGCGACAGCAAAUUGUACUCAAUCUUGGCCUCCUCUGGGAAAGUGGAUUGGGGGAUUGGGGUGGAGACCACAAACCUCUUCUUCCUGGGCAUAGAAAGCUGGGUUGAGGGGUCAGGCCUUUUGCCAGCCCCUCUUGCCUCUGGCUUCCCUAAGAAAGUACCCAAACAAGGACGUUGGGAAGGCAAGCUGACAUUAUUUCUGGCUGUUCCACCCUCAACUUCUGACUUCUAACCCUCAGCUCCCCCAUCCCAGCCAAAGUCCUUAUCGCUAGCUCUCAGCAGUUUAUGCCAAUGCCAUCUCCCUGAUAAGCCUCGAUUCUUCAUGCCUCCCCACCCUUUCCACACCCAGCCCUUUUUGCUCACCACCAGGAGUCAGCCUCUUGGGGAAAAAAGGAUAGAAUGGUUUUGAGGAGGGAGGAAGCAGGGGUGCCUGGGUUCACCAGCCCUUAGAAGCAUCACUUUCCAGAGGCAGGGAAGAGGGUUGUAGUUGUUGGUGUUUUUUUUCCACUUUGAAAAAAAUGUUUGUAAAUACUGUAAUUAAAAUGAUAGUAAA